AUGUCUCGGUCACGCCCUGCAAAGCCUUCCAAAGCAGCCAAAACAAAGCUACAGAAAAAGAAAAGCAGCCAGGUGAAGAAGACGACAUCAAAGCAGGCUGUCAAACACGAGUCAGCAGGGAAGGCGGAGAACCCCGGAAAACUGAAGCAAUUAAGUAAAAGAAGAGAUGGUAAGAAGGAAUCGGAAGACAAAACCCCCACACCGACGCCGAGUCUUCUGACAAGAGCCGGGGCCGCCCGAAUGAAUCAGGAUCGAAACCAAGUUCUUUUUCAGAACCCAGAGUCCUUAACUUGCAACGGGUUUACAAUGGCUCUCCGAAGAACCUCUCUUAGCUGGCGACUGUCCCAGCGCCCGGUAGUCACACCCAAACCUAAGAAAGUGCUACCUUCAAAGAAGCAGUGUAUACAUCAUAUCCAGGACGACCUGGCGGUAAAGCACUCUGAAAAUGAUUCGGUCCCCAGCCGAGACGCCGCCACGUCCCCAGAUACAGAGGACAUAACUGGUGAACGGAACACGUGUUUAGGUGAAGGCGAGAGCCAAGCGAUAACCCAGUCUUGCCCUCAAAGAAUAGAAGAUUCCCAAAGCUGUACUUCCGCAUAUGAGAACCUCGAUGCGGCAAUUUCUUGGUCACUGGAAGGGACACACUGUGAAGAACUACUCUCUCAUCAGGCGUUUGAUACUGUGAGCCCUUCCCCCCAGGAGUGUGCUCCAUUGCCCCAAAGAUCAACUUCCGAAGUUACCUCUCAGAAAGACGCUAGCCAUCAGUUGGUAGACUUGAGCUCACCAGUCGACUCUCCCAAGCUCUCCGAUCCUUCUCCGAACCCUCCAGGAAGUGACCAUAGCGGCUUUCCCGACUCCACUUUUAGGAUCGUUCCUGAAUUGGACCUUAAGACCUGCAUGUCUCUUGAUGAGUCUGUCUAUCCCACAGCUCUAAUAAGAUUCAUCUUGGCAGGCACACAGCCGGAGGUCCUUGAUACUAAGCCCCAAGAAGAAACCCUUAAAACUACCCCAGAACAAGGGGCAAGCCACCCCAAUCAAGUUCAGGAUGCCUCCUCUGUCCUAGGACAGGCCUUUAGUACUCUCCCUCCUCAGUGGGGAUUUCCUGGUGCUAACUUACUCCAUGGUGAGGCCCUGGACAAGGGCUCAGACUCACCAGAGGAUCUUGGUGCUAUUUCUAUGCUAAACCAACAAGAAACUGUGGGCAUGGAUACCGCUCCUUCCCCGGACCUGUCUAUAUUCCUUCCUAAGCUUCCAAACACAGUUGCUACCUACCCUAGUCCUCCUUCAGGGCCUGAGCCCCACAGCUCAGCCUCCUGUGGGCUUGAAGUCCAAGGUGCUACCCCGAUUUUAACUUUGGACUCAGGAUACAUUCCCCAAGCCCCACCAAGCUCUGAGUCAAGCUCAGUACCUCUGGUCAUAGCUGCCAGCGAUAUACAAGCUGAGAAGCCGUUUGGUGCCAAUCUUUUCCCAGUACUCCCUCAAGGGUUUACAAUCGCCCCGGAGGACGAACUCCAGCAUGCUCCAUUAGAUCUUACUCAAUGCUCUCAGGGUGCUCCCGGCAAGUUGGAAGGAGGGAUUUCUCCGGUCAGCAUAACCAGCUCAGCCGAUGUCAAAGUCACAACGAUGUCCAAGCCGGUUACACCCGGUACCUCUUCUCCGCUCCCGUGUAAAUCUACGCCGCCAACAGUGGAGAAGAAGAAGCGCAAGGCCUGUGGGGUCUGUGAGCCUUGCCAGCAGAAGUCCAACUGCGGGGAAUGCACCUACUGCAAGAACAGAAAGAACAGCCACCAGAUCUGUAAGAAGAGGAAAUGUGAGGUGCUCAAAAAGAAGCCAGAGGCCGCCUCCCAGGUACAGGUUACAAAAGAAAACAAGAGGCCCCAGAGGGAAAAGAAGUCCAAAGUUUUAAAGACAGACUUUAACAACAAACCAGUCAAUGGCCCCAAAUCAGAGUCAAUGGACUACAGUAGACGUGGUCAUGGGGAAGAAGAGCAAGGGCUGGAUUCGAUCACACGUCCCCUUGAAGAUGUGAGGGAGAAUGCAGGAGGCAUGACUGGACUCGAAGUGGAGGCAUGGACGCCAAACAAGAAAUCACACUUAGCAGAGGGUCAAGUCAAGGGAAGCCACGAUGCAAAUUUAACCGGGGUUGAAAACUCCCAACCCUCUGGGGAUGACAAGCAACAAGCCAACCCUUCCCUGACAUUUGCACAGGCCGUAAGAAACGGCAUGAAAAAUGUCCAUCGUUUGCCCACUGACACAGACCUCCCGCUCAACCAGUGGAACCAGGAGGAAUUCAGCAAGGCAUUGGGAAAUGAUAAUUCCUCUGAGUUGCUGACUGAGCCCUCAAACUGCAAGGAUGCCAUGAGUGUCACCACCCCCGGGGGAGAGUGUGAUCAUCUCCAGGGGCCGAGGAAUGCCGUGCUCUUCCAGAAGCCUGGCUGGAGCUGCAGAUCUGGUGCAGAACCCACCAUCUUUAACACACACGGUGCUGGGGGCCAACCCCGACCCCCUAGGACGGCACCCAACAAAGAACCCAAAGACGACUCUCCAGUUCAGCCAAGCCUUCUGUCCCUGAUGAAAGACAGGAGGUUAACGCUGGAGCAAGUGGUGGCCAUAGAAGCCCUGACUCAGCUCUCAGAAGCGCCCUCAGAAAACUCCUCCCCGUCCAAGCCCAAGAAGGGUGAAGAAACACAUCAGAGAACCGCUAGUCUACUUGACAGUUGCAAGGCUAUCCUUCAUUCGGUGAGAAAAGACCUCCAAGACCCGAAUAUUCAAGGAAAGAGUCUUCACCAUGACCCUGUUGUCUUUAAUGGCCAGAACAGAACAUUCAAGUCUCCUGAUAGUUUCGCUGCUAACCAAGCACUUAUAAAGUCACGAGGCUAUUCGAGCUCACCUGCAGCUGACAAGAAAAGCAUUGCUGGUGGUAAAGCUCCCUCUGAUGGUUUUAAGAAUUCAAAUCCAUUGCCAGUAGAAAGUCAAAAUCUCGAAAACUGCAGUCAGGUACUAAGCUGCGAUCAGAAAUUGAAUUCCCACGAUCCGUCGUUCCAGGAUGCACCCUAUAGUCAGAUUGAAGAAGAUGUCGCAGCACAAUUAACCCAACUGGCAUCCACAAUUAACCACAUCAACCCAGAGGUCAGGAAUGCUCAAAGUACACCAGGAGGCCUUGUCGUAGCAAAGAACACGCAGCAAAAACAUAGUCUGGAGAAACGCGUGGUACAACAGAAACCGCCGUCAGGUGUACAAAAUAAACCUAGCGUACCAUCCAAAAAGCCAAAGAAGACCCAGAAGAAGGCAAGACCGACCCCACACACAAGCAAGCGGAAAAAGAAGGCUCCAGCCCACAGCUCUCAAGAAAAUGAUCAGAAGAAGCAAGAGCAGCUAGCUCUAGAGUAUAGGAAGAUGCAUGACAUUUGGAUGUCAUCUAAGUUUCAAAGGUUUGGCCAGUCUGGUCCGCGUAAUUUUACUGCUCUGUUGAGAAAUAUUCCUAUCUUUAACCAAAUAGUAAAGCCCAUGACUCAGAGUAAGACACUCUCACAAGACAAUAAGUUAUUUCCUCCUAUCAGUCAGAUAAAAUUCACAAGGAGCCCCGAAUUGGCAAAGGAAAAAGUGAAGGUUGAACCAUCAGAUUCUCUGCCAAUAUGCCAAUUCAAGACGGAAUCCAGUGGGCAGGCAUUUGCAGAGCUGGCAGAUAAUUCUCAGGGACAGCCCUCGGUGAGUGUCAAUCAGAAAGGUCAGCCUCUGCCCGAGCCCCCUCCGUCUACCCAGGGUGCUAAUGUAAUGGCUGGUGCUGCCCAAACACAGUUUCAUCUAGGCGCUCAAGAGAACCUGGUGCAUCAAAACCCACCACCGCCGUUGCCUGGUACCUCUCCUGACACACACCUGCCAGACCCAACAUCAAUCCUCAGGAAGGGGGAAGUGUUAAGCUCCAAUGGAAUUACAGUUGUUACUGCAAAGCAAGAAGCUCAGACAUCGAACAAUGGGCCAUUGGGUCCCACCACGGACGGUGCCCAGGCAGAAUUUAACGGGAGUGUCAUGGACUUCCUUAGCAAGCCUGCAAAAGACCUGAUAGCUGGGUUGAAGGAGCAGGAAGUUGCAACCUGCGGGUGUGAUGGAGGUACACAAAAAGAGAAAGGCCCAUAUUAUACACACCUUGGGGCAGGACCAAGUGUGGCCGCUGUCAGGGAGCUCAUGGAGACUAGGUAUGGCCAGAAGGGAAAGGCAAUCCGGAUCGAGAAGGUAGUGUUCACGGGGAAGGAGGGGAAGAGCUCUCAAGGCUGCCCGGUCGCCAAGUGGGUGAUUAGAAGAAGUUGUCCCAAGGAGAAGGUUAUCUGUUUGGUUCGUGAGCGCGAAGGCCAUCACUGUCCAACCGCUGUGAUAGUUAUCCUUAUCCUCCUGUGGGAAGGUGUCUCUCGCCCGAUGGCUGACCGCCUGUACAAGGAUCUCACUGAUAACCUGAGUUCCUACAGUGGACAUCCCACCGACCGAAGAUGUACCCUCAACAAGAAACGUACCUGCACCUGUCAGGGCAUCAACCCAAAAACAUGCGGAGCGUCCUUCUCCUUUGGCUGUUCCUGGAGCAUGUAUUUCAACGGCUGUAAAUUUGGGAGAAGCGAAAACCCCAGAAAAUUCAAACUUGCUCCAACCUAUCCCAUACCUAACUACUAUAAGAGAAUUACUGGAAUGAGUUCUGAAGGAAGUGACGUGAAACCCGGCUGGGUCAUUCCAGAUCGCAAGACCCUCAUAAGCAAAGAGGAAAGACAGCUUGAGGUGAAUUUACAAGAACUGGCUACAGUGUUAGCUCCGCUUUAUAAGCAGAUGGCUCCAGUUGCUUAUCAAAAUCAGGUGGAAUAUGAAGACAUUGCUGGAGACUGUCGACUUGGUAAUGAAGAGGGGCGUCCUUUCUCCGGCGUCACCUGUUGCAUGGACUUCUGUGCCCAUUCUCACAAGGACAUUCACAACAUGAACAACGGAAGCACUGUGGUUUGUACAUUGAUUCGAGAAGAUGGCCGUGACACAAAUGUCCCCCAGGAUGAGCAGCUCCAUGUCCUGCCACUCUACCGGCUUGCAGACACUGAUGAAUUUGGCUCCGUGGAAGGGAUGGAAGCCAAAAUCCAAUCUGGGGCCAUCCAAGUCAAUGGGCCAACCAGGAAGAGGCGACUGCGUUUCACCGAGCCCGUUCCUCGAUGCGGGAAGAGGGCCAAACUGAAAGAGAAGACCAACAAAUCAGGUUCACACAACACUAAGAGCUAUUCAUCAGCCUCAUCUACUCCUCACCUAGUGAAAGAUGAAUCUCCAGACUUCUGUCCCCUGCAGACUUCCUCCACAGAAACAUCUACCUGUAUGUACAAUAAAACCGCCUCAGGUGGGUUUCCAGAAACAAGUGGCAUUCUCCACUGCACAAUGCCUUCUGGAGCACACAGCGGUGCUAACACGGCGGCUGGGGAAUGUACUGGAACGGCGCAGCCUGCAGAGGGGGCUGCUCUUCCUCACCAAUCUCUUCCCACAGCAGAUUCUCCCGCUCAUGCUGAGCCUCUCACUGGUCUAUCUGAGCAGCUAACUUCUAACCAGUCAAACCAGCAGCUCCCUUUCCUCAGCAAUCCUCAGAAACUGGCUUCCUGUCAGGUGGAAGAUGAGCGGCACUCGGAAGCCGAUGAGCCUCGGUGCCCGGAGGACGCUACCUUCCCCCAGCUCGAUGAGUUCUGGUCGGACAGUGAGGAGAUCUACGCCGAUCCCACCUUUGGUGGGGUGGCGAUAGCACCCAUUCACGGCUCGGUGCUCAUCGAGUGUGCCCGCAGGGAGCUCCACGCCACCACCUCGUUAAGAUCCCCCUCGCGCGAGCGCCCCUUUCGUUUGUCCCUUGUAUUCUACCAGCACAAAAACCUGAACAAGCCUAACCACGGUUUUGAUUUCAACAGAAUUAAGUGUAAAUGUAAAAAAGUAACAAAGAAAAAGCCCGCAGACCGGGAGGGUCCUGAUUUAUCCCCCGAAGCCAAUUUAUCAUACCAAAUUCCUUCUCGAGUUGCAUCAACCUUAACCCACGACAACAUUGUCACCGUGUCGCCGUACUCUCUCACUCGCGUCGCGGGACCCUACAACCGUUGGGUCUAAAGGCUUCUCUCCUGUAAUGCCUUUGUUAAUGUGGUGUCCUUUUUUUGGUGCUGUUCAAAAGAAAGUCAUUCUGUUGUUUACUGUAGGUUCAUUUCGCCCAUUUCAACUCCGAGGUAAGAAUUUUUUAAAAAAGGAUGGGUACUUAACUGUGAUUAUACUUUGAGAAUUGGAAGAAGGCGAACAUUUCAGCAAAAAUAAAAUUUUUGUAGUUUUAAAUACUUAAAAGAAACAUCUUGGUUAGGCGUUGGGCGUGCUAGAACCACAGAGUCUGGUGCUUUUACAUUAAGUUCGUUUACUAUUAAGAGGGUUUAUAACAGGUUCCUGCAAUAAGAUGUAAAAACCAAGAUGUAUUAACUCUACACAGUUCCUGGUGCUUUAACCACAUCAACACAUGUUGUCACGGGCUGACGGAUCGUUUUUUUUGGCGCCAUUGUUCACGCAUCUUCCAAUCAUCGCCAUCAUUUCUUUGAAGUAAACUAAUGAAAUGCUUUUUCUCUUAAAACAUUUCUCCUAUACAAAGUAAUCCUUUGUUCUAGUGAUGGUUGGAGGCUGUUUGCUAACUGUAAAUGUAUAUAUUUUAAAAAGCACUUUCUACUUUUAAGAGUAACUUGAAAUAGUAUAGUAGCAGAAACCUCUUGUGUAUUUCGUGUGCAUAUUUGAAUACCAGAGAAGUCAUUUGUUCUUGCUGUAUAGAGUCCUAUCCCGUGAACUUCAGCCUGUGCUCAAAUAACACAUGACUUCUGGUUCUUUACUUAGAGAAUAGAGGAUCUCUAAAAAUUGAAAAUACAAAAUGCCACCAAUAUCAAUUUCUCCUUUUUAACUAGAAAAAAAUAUUGUUUCUGAAGUCGCCUCGUGACUUAAGUAUACGGCCCAUGACAGGUGUCUUCAAAAGGUGAGGGUGCAGAUUGGGAUCCGUCAGAGGUUCCCAGUGUUCCAAGAUGAGAAAAUAUAUAAUUAAGUGACAUGUCCUUCCCAAAUGAGAAAGAAAUAUUCUGUAGAGAUAAUUGAGGGGACAUGCUUGGGUUCGCAUUGUCACCUUUACCCUGGAGUCCCAUGGUAAUAUUGAGAGCCAAACGUUAAUCUUAUCCUAUCUAUCGGGUUUAGGAAAAUGGGAAUCCAAACUUGCUUUGUUAUCCUGUUUUCAAGGUCACAAGUAAAAUCAACAUCCUGGUUAUUUCAGUGUUCCAGUGUUCUGCCCUUUGUUUAAUUGACUUAUUUAUAUACCGAGAAUGAUUUCCCCAAACACAGAGCCUACAGCCAGGAGCUCUUUCAGUGAGACCCAGCUGCACAGGUGCUAUUACCAUUCCUGGGGUUGGAUUCUUUGGGUCUGGAGUAGGAUUCCUUCGCUUCAGGAACCCUAACGGUGCUCCUCAGAGAUGCCCUAAGACCCCCAAAGCUACCGCAGUCUUGGUGCAGAAGGAAACCAUUGCGGUAAGCUCUCUAGGGAAUAACUUAUUAAAAAUGAGGCAUGGUGCAAAGUCCCAGUUUCUGACUGAGGCAAGUCCAGGAAGGGGAGGGGAUUGUAAAUAAGGACAUGUCCACUGACACUCCGCCGUGUGCAAGGCGACGGAUGCUCCUGGGAUAUAUACAACUGUUGGCCUGAUUUGAUGUUUUGUGUGCCUUAGGUUUCCAUUCAUAAACAUUUUUAAGUCUAGGGUUUCUUAUGUAGGUAUGUAAAUGUGAUCAUUUAUUGCUUUAACUGUUUCAGUUAGGUAUUUGUUAGUGUAGACCACCAGAAAUACUCCUUCGUGAAUUAACCUUUGAGGUUUCAGACCUUAGCUAGAUAGAAAUCAUUUUCUCUCCAUUGUGGGAUAGAAUCUUCUCCUCCUUCCUUCAUUUGUCCAUUCAUCUGUCCAUCCCUCCGAGGUCAUUUAAUUGAGUGCUUCUUGAUUCAAUUUGGUUUGGUUUUUUGUUUUGUUUUAAUUACCCCUUAUAAGACAAACUUAUAAAGAACGCUUGGAAUUACUUUCUAAGGACAUAACAAAUUAUCUAUAAAUGAACAGCUGCAGUAAUAUAUAUUCAAGCCGACGUGUUUUUAAUGAUAAGGCCACAUUCUUGGUGCUUAAUCAGUUAUAUUCGCCAGUGUUGAUUAAUGAGACUGUUGGGGUUUAUGAAUCUAGAUGCAGUUUAACGAAAUAAGUACAAAAAAACUAAUCAGUUUUGACUGAAGUGCUGUCAUUCCAUUGCUGAAGUGACAUUUGAGAUGGAGUGCCCCAGUCAGCAGCCUCUGUGGGGACUUGGUCCGAUGACUUUCCUGGUCUCUGGCAUGCUUGGUCGGUGUUCUGCGUCACUGUCCGCUGGCUAGACACUGCUUUAAAUAUGGAUACACUGGGCAGUGGUGGCGCACGCCUGUAAUCCCAGUACUCUGGGAGGCAGAGGUAGGCGGGUUUCUGAGUUCGAGGCCAGCCUGGUCUACAGAGUGAGUUCCAGGACAACCAGGGCUACACAGAGAAACCCUGUCUCGAAAAAAACAAAUCCAAAAAAACAAAAAGAAAAAAGAAAAAGAAAAAAAGGAAGAAAAAGAAAGAAAGAAACAAUACAUUGACUUGAGAUGAGAGUCGCUCACCCACCUCCCCCAUCUGGCAGUUUUUCUACACCUCUACUGUUUCAUUUUAAUCCAUUCCGUUCCUUUGACCUUAUUUGUGGAGCUCUUUAAGACUGUUUAUGGUGUGAGCAUUGGAUACAUUGUUAUAUGACUCCCAUGGUAGCCCUGAUGAUGCUAUGUAUGAUUUAUUCCUGCUUAUUAUAGAAUUACACAUCACCUGCCCUCUCAAAAAUCCAUUUUUUAGUGGGUUUUGUUUUAUGAGACUGGAUCUCUAUGUAGUCCUGGCUAUCCAGGAGCUCAACGUGGCAGACCAGGGUAGCCUAGAAUUCCUGCUCCUGCGUCUGUGCUGGGAUUAGAGUUGUGCUCCUUCACUCUCCUGGCUGUUUCGUCCUUGUGCUCGUCGGCCUCAUGUAUGUCCUGUUUCCAGUUCUCUGCAAAUACCAGCUAAGACCGGGUACCGAAAAGACCAUGUUAGAAAUGUCAUUGAAAUUUAUUGUUGGCACUUGAGGCUAGUAGAGGCAAAUUUUCAGCACAAGUCCACAUCUUAAGUGAUUUCUCAAACAUGAUCAUUGGAUUUGUGAGACCCAGGACUUCAUGAGGUGAGAGAGAGCUAAGCCUUUCUCUUGCUCUCACCCCUUUAACCACUGGCUGGUUCCUCUUUUGUAAAUGGUGUACUGGCUUGAUUGACACGAGGUAACCUACUUCUUCUGAUUGUCAUUUCACAAUAGCACGUACAAAACCAACCCCAAAUUAGUCAUAUUAUAUGACUCAUAUACACAAGGCUCAUUUUAUAUAUAUAUAUAUAUAUAUAUAUAUAUAUAU